AAACGGAUCGAUAAAACGGGGCGAUGUAAUCAAUAAUUUGGCGAGCUCAGAAGUGCAAUUGCACGGGAGGGGUCGGAGGGAGCUCAAGGAGGUUGCGGGUGCGUGUGCGCAGCGCCGAGGAGCAGCGCUCGAGGCAGCAGAGAGACACCGAGCAGUCAGUAGCGCGAGCCGCCCCGCCUGGCACGCACGAUGUUUGCGCUCGCGCUCGCCGCUGUCGCCCUCUGCGCCCUGUCCUCCCGCCCCGGCGCGGGCGCCAGCCUCCACUGCGCCAUGCGCCGCGAGAUCUCGCCCUGCACCUGCCGCCGCGAGGACAACGGCACCGGCGCCAUCGUCGUCGUCUGCAAGAGCAUCAACACUUACGAGGAGAUCGCCCGAGCCCUCACCAACAAAUUCAACCCUGAGACCAAAAUCGUCCUCGAGGUGGCCAACUCCCAGCUGCCGGACUUCGCGGAGCACACCUUCCGCGAGCUGGGCCUCUCCAUCACCCGUCUCAAGCUCAACUUCGACAACCUAAGUGAAUUGAAAGAGAGUGUGUUCACCAAACUGGACCUGGUGGAGUUCUUCAGCCUGGCUGACAACUCCCUCGCUGAAAUGCCUCGUCAUGUCUUUAGGCAUCUACCGCACGUGCUGACCCUUGAUCUCUGUAGAAAUAAGAUCACUAAACUGACGGAGGAAGACUUUAAGGACAUUCAAGGCUUAGAACAUCUGCUGGUUGCUGACAAUCAGAUAUCCAAGAUUGAAAGACACGCAGUGCCCAAAGGCCUAAUACACGUGCACUUGGGCAUCAAUAAGCUGAACAGUCUCAACGGAGCGCUGAGGGAUCUGAAUGAUUUGGAGUGGAUUUUUAUCAAUGCUAACCAUCUCAAGUCGAUUGACAAUGAACUGCCUGUGAAAGCCAAAAAGCUAGUACUUAUCCAUGCCGCGCACAAUGAACUGCAGAGUUUACCAAAAGAUUUGCAACAGAUGCCUUCGUUACAAUCGUUGUAUUUUUACGACAAUCAUAUAAAGUCAUUGGACGGAGCUUUGCAAAAAUCAAGACGGUUGAUGACUAUUAGUUUAUCUUUCAACAAAAUUGAAACUCUAGCUGAAGAUGAUUUUGCUGAAGCCGAGAUACUAGCAGAUUUGGACAUUGCAUACAACCAGUUAAGAUCGUUAAAUGGUUCAUUAAGAAGUCUCAAAUCCCUACGGUACCUCAACCUGACACACAAUGCAUUCACUGAGUUUUCGCUGCAAGAAAUAAAGGGACUGAAACGCUUAUCCGUUAUCGAUCUGUCCCACAAUAAAAUUAGUUUCAUCUCUGGAAAUAUGGAGAAUCUCGUUGACGUAGAAACAAGGGUGUUAGAACUGCGUCUCGAUCACAACAACCUUCAUAACCUAGGCGGUGCGCUCAUGGGUCUCCACGGUCUACUGCGUUUGAAUUUGAGCAACAACCAAAUACAACAGAUCUCUCCUGACGAUCUUAUCGGCUUGGAGGAACUGAGACUACUCGACGUAUCGCACAAUCAUAUAACCACACUGGAAGAAACAUCGAAGACCUUCUUGCCGUAUCUGGAGGAAUUAAUCGCUCAUCACAACAACAUCACAGCGCUGGACAAGGACUUCCACGGCCUACCGUCUCUCUGCACAGCGGAUCUUUCAUAUAAUAAAAUUAAAACUGUGAAUUAUGAAGUUGUGUCCAAAUCGCGAUGUACUAUCAACGGAGUACCCAGUAUUCUGAAGAUUUAUCUUCAAGACAAUCCAGUGCUGUGCGACGAUCGUCUGUACGAGCUGGAGACUGUAUUGGUUGGGUUAAAUGCACGGUUGAGUGGAGACGCGACCUGCGUGGCGCCGCAAACCAGCGCCCCAGUGCUGAUGCGGGCUCUCAACGACAUUGUACCCGACGCCCCUGUUAUCGUCGUCACCCAUAUGGGCAACGGUGUCCGAGUGCUGGACGGGAGGGAGCUCCAGCCCGGGCACACGUAUCAACGAGUGGGCGCGCUGAUAGGCCACGUACUGCCAGACAGAGAGGGUGGCCUCCCGGUCCUCGUGGAACCGCCCGUCACCCUCCCGCCCGCGAGCUCCAACGUGGUCGUCAAGUGGCCGGACGAGAGACAGCAGGCCCACCCGCUAGCCGACCAUCUCCGCCUACGCGAUCUCAAAGCCUCGACACAGUGAGAUGUUGCCACGGCGCGUGACGCCUACGAACUUAGUGCUUCGUAUUAGCAAAUAGCCGCUUCAAAGCACAGGGGAGAUUUCGGAUAAUUUCAUUGUAAUGUACAUAGGAGCCAUUGUUACUAAUAUACCAAAGCAAUAUUUGAAAUUUAUACGCAUUCUUGAUGCUAGCAACAUGCCAUGUACCUACAUAAUAUAAGUAUAGUGUAGAUUUCGAAUAAUAUAGAUGUUUGAUAUUGCCGAAUGUCAGUGUGUGAAUGUGAAAGUAUUUCUCUUAUAAUUCCAAAUUUGCGGUUUUAGUAAAUCGACUAAUAUGUCAUAAUUAUUCGCGAUAAUUUUUUUUUAUUUGGUAUAAAAUUUAAAACACUAUUCGACUUUAUUUUUAAGUGAUCGUGGUGUACCUAAAAUAAUUUAUGUAUCGUAAUAAUUGUUAAUUUUACUAUAUAGUUUUUAGAAUAAUUUAUAUGGCAAUUAACAAUACUCAAAGCUAUUAACGUUUUAAUAUUAACAAAAAACUGUUCUAUUUUAAUUGAAACUACUAAUAGCUAAAAAUGUAUACGCCCAAUACUUCCUGAACUAAUUCUAUUCGUAGUUCCUUACAUAAUAAUAAUGAUAUUUUAAUUGAUUCUUUUAGUAUCCUACAACCCGGUUUAUUUUACCGGGAGACUUAGCUUUACGUAAUAGCUGUACGAAAGAUAACGAUUGUAUUUGUUGUUUCCAAUAAAUUAUACCAAUAG